CCGGUUUUGUGCGGGGGGGGCAUGUGGCUGCUGUGGUUGAAGUUUUGCAUCGUGGUUUUCUGCUGAUCCCGGAAAAAACCUGUCUUAGCUGGGGAAUAUCUAAAGGUCUUUUUUGCUUUAGGGCGACACUUUGGUGGCCCAUCCGAGCCUAGAGAAGACCCUCAACGGUUCCUGGGCUGGUGAGCAAACUGCUGGUAUCUGUACACCAGCUCAUCGUCAAUCACUGCUUUUUUCACGGACUCCGGAUUUUGAAGAACCCUGCCAUCUCCGUCACAGCAAGCUCACAUCAGCCUGCUGGAGGAUGAGAUGCUGUGGGGCAUAGAACCAAGUUGCCCAACUGACAGCCAGCUCACCCCCAGAAGCUGAGCCCCCAGUCAACCCACAGCUGACCACACACACAUGAAGGAGCCCAGCUGGGAUCAUCUUAAACUGCUGACCAGAUUAAUCAUGAGUGCGCCCGCCCGCGGGGGUCUUUCCUGAGCACCGCGCGCCGUCUGGCCGGGAGGCUGCUGGCUGUUCUGAUCCGCCCCUCGGCCCUGGUUAGACGUCUGAGACACUGUGCCUUUUGCUUGGUGCCUUCCGCGAUGUCCCACGGAAGCGAACCUUCUCGCCAUCUCUUUGGCAGAAAGGCGCCGAGGUGGCCCUGCUCGCGAGCACGUAAGAGCGAUGUUCGCUGUUGCCUCGUGAAAAGGUUUCCUUUCUGAUUCCUGAAUGUGGGAUACUCUCAAAAGAACUGAAAGACCUGGUCAUGGCGUUUGGACCUUAUUACUCUGUGAAGGAUUUACCUCUUCAUGAAUUAAUCACCCACGAAUUCAUUAAUACUUUUGUAAAGAAAGGUUCGUGCUCUGCCCUAACGUACAACGCGAACAUCGACGAGGAUAACGCUGCCGCCCUCCUGCCCAACGGGAAAUUAAUUUUAUCACUGGAUAAAGACACUUAUGAAGAAACUGGACUUCAGGGUCGUCCGUCUCGGUAUUCUGGCAGGAAAAUCAUGAAAUUUAUCGUUUCCAUUGAUUUGAUGGAUUUAUCCUUUCACCCGGCCUCUAAGAAGUAUGAAAGAGUAUCCUGGGCCUUCAAAGAAAAGAAGCCGUUGAGGUUUGAUUUCCUUUUGGCGUGGCAUCAAACAGGUGCAGAAGAAUCAACGCUGAUGUCGUACUUUUCCAGUUACCGAAUUCAGGAGCAUCGGCCAAAAAUAGCAGUGAGCUCGGUGGCAGAUCUGCAGUGCCCGGUGCUGCGGAGCAGCGAGCUGGGGGGCCAGCCGGACACGGCCUGCAGCGCCCUGGAGCUCUUUGACUGGCUGGGCGCCGUCUUCAGCCACGCGGAGCUAAAUAACGAGCCUGACAGUUUCCUAUCAAGCUAUUGCUGUCCUCAGCCAAGCACAGUGGUGGCCAGAGCUUCCUUGUGCACCGUCACCGGGUUCAUCCUUCCAGAGAAGAUAUGCCUCCUGUUGGAACAGCUGUGUCGCUACUUUGAUGAACCAAAGUUGGCUCCGUGGGUGACACUGGCGGUUCAAGGCUUUGCCGACAGCCCUGUUUCCUGGAGAGAAAACGAGCACGGGUUUCGCAGAGGAGGAGAGCACUUGUACAACUUCGUGAUUUUUAACAAUCGGGACUAUUGGCUUCACAUGGCUGUGGGAGCAGAUGAUGACUGUCCCCCGUAGAAAGCGCAGAAUUUAAGGUCCUGUUUGUUCAUGUGCGUUGUCAUGCUGCUUGAUGGUAAAAGGACCGUGUGUUCACUCAGACUUGAUGGUGGUGACAUUUCUCAGACGAGCCUCUCUUAGCACCUGCUCCAGACUCGGGCCCAUCCUGCGGCUGCAGCCGGGCCUGCCGUCCAGUGGGAGUUCGUGGCUGAUUUGUCCCUUUGGUAGGAGCCCACGUAGGGUUACUGCCUGGUGCCAGGAUGACCAGGGGUCAGGUUUCACGGGACCAUUGGGUAAGCGGGACUCGGGCUCCUGCUUGUAACCUCUUUGCAUAAUAAUACAAAGAAAUUCUUCCGUCCUGCUUGCCAGAGCCUGUUCCUGCUGUAAGUGCUGUUCCUCUUUGACCCUGUUUAAUUCUCACAUCAGAGGGAACAAGCGCAGAGGGUGUAAGCUUCCCGAGGCCACCCUUGCUCGUGGGUCUGAGAUCAGUCCCAGGCCAGCUGGUUCCUGAGUGUGCGUUCUCGCUCUCCUUAUUCUGGGUCAGGAGAGAGAUUUGGAAUCUGCGUAUAUUAAGGAACAAGUUGAAAGAAUUUCUUCCCCAGCAGCAUGGCUCACUUCCAGCACGGCUGGAAUUUUUUUUCCCAGCUAAAAGCGAUGAAAACUUCUGGAAUACCUUGUAUCAAGAAUCAUUUUUCAAAAUGUAUCAAUGAGCUGCAGAAUAAUUAAGAAUUCUCAAAGGCUGUAUAAUUUUUAUUUGGCCAUAUGGAGUUAAAUUAGAAAUCAAUAGCAAAAAGAUCCUUGAAGCCCUCCCCCCAAAGCCCCCAUUAUAUGGGGACAAAAUAAAAUAACUCAUAAGUCCAUAAAUCCAAAGAGAAAUUUUUGAAGUAAUUUGAAAUGAAUUCUUUUUAAAAAACUGGAAUUUGUGGGUUGCUCCUAAAGCAGUACUAAGAGGAAAACUUGUAGCUUUAACUACUUGUAUGAAAGGAAGAAUGCACGGGCAACUCUGUCCGGUCACUUAUGAUGGAGCCUGAUGAUAUGCAAAAAUAGAAUGUGUACAUGUCUGUGUAACUAGGUCACCAUGCUGUACAGUAGGAAAAAAUUGUAUUGGGGAAAUAACUUUAAAAAAAAAAGUUAAAAAAAGAACAGCCUCAAAUCAGUGACUUCCGUUUCCACACUAAGAGACAGAAAAAGGAGAGCAAAUUAAAUGCAAAGUAAGCAGAAGAAAGGGAAUAAUAAAGAUUAAAAUGCCAGUCAAUGAAAUAAAAGACAAAAAACAAUAGAGAAAAAUUAAAAGCGUGUUUUUUGGGAAAAAUCAAUAAAAUUGGCACCUCUCCGGCCAGAUUGGUGAGAGAGAAAAGAGAAGACCAGUUACCAGUGUAAGGAAUGGGGGGGCCACGUCACUGAAGAUCCUACAAAUGCUGAAAUAACAGGCAAUAUUAGGAUCACCUUAUGCUGACGACGUCAAGAACGUAGGUGACCUUGACAGAUUCCUUGAAAGCACAAUUACCAGAACUUGCUUAAGAAGUAGGCAGGAGUUUCUUUCCUGGCUCAGCAGGUUAAGAACUCGACACAGUGUCCAUGAGGAUGUGGGUUUGACCCCUGGCCUCACUCAGUGGGUUAAGGAUCCGGCAUUGCCACAAGCUGCAGUGUAGGUUGCAGAUGCAGUCUGGAUCCAGCGUGGCUGUGGCUGUAGUGUAGGCUGGCGCAGCUGCAGCUCUGAUUCAACCCCUAGCCCGGGAACUUCCCUGUGCUGGAGGUGUGGCCAGAAAAAGAAGUAAAAAAGAAAAGAAAUAGGUAAAACCAUCCUAUAAUCCUGAAGACUUCAGUUGUGAGUUUUACUGAACACUUGAAGAAAUAAAACCAAUUCUACGCAAGUUAUUUCGCUCAUUCUAAGGGGUUAGCAUAUGAGAAGGAAAGAAGACCUUACAAAUAUUCCUCGUGAACCUAGAUGUGAAAAUUCUAAGCAAAUGUUUAGUAAAUGGAAACCGAUGCUCUAAAUAAAAAGGUGAUAUAUCAUGGUCAUGGGAUUUAUCCUGGGAAAGCAGGGUUGAUUUCAUAUUCACGUAAUCGUUUCAAUCAAUACUAGGAAGGUAUUUGACAAAAUCCGCCAUCACAGGUGUGGCCCUAAACAGACAAAAAAUAAAAAACCCAACACUUAGAACAGCAUAAAAGUAUGAAGUAGGAGUAAAUGACAAAAAGGGUGAGAGACUAGUACACUGAAAGCUGCUAUGAUGAGUUGAAGACCUAAAUGAAGGGAGCUCUGUGCCUUGUCCCGGAAGGCGUCUUUCCACAGCCCAGAUCCACGGCGGUUUCCGCGCAGUCCCAGCAGGCUCUUCUCUGUGUGUGUGCGUAAGGCGACAAGCCGAUUCUAAACUCUUUAGAACUGCACCGGCCCUAGAGCGGCCUCCGGGGCGGUGGUGGAACUGACAGUAGAGCCGCCACAGCCUCCAGCUGCUCCAGUCCUCCUCUGUCAACGGGAUGUGACCUCGGCCCCAGCAGGAAGCCAGGAGAUGCCUUCCAGUCCUUCUCUGUUACGACCCGUAAGGGUGCUGCCGACUGAGAGGAAGUCCAGUAACAGGAAGCUUAGUUUGGGAGGUCCCGGUUGAUGCUGGAAAUAAGAUUUAUUGCUGUUAAUUCUUUGGAAUAAUCCAGGGUUGACUAGCUUCUUUCGAACGCUAUCUGCUGGCUAAUACCGCGUUCAGCUCUUUCCCAUGUAAAAUAAAAAUCUGGUAUAAA